AUGAACUUCUGCAACAACGUCAGCUUCGCCUCACUACCACUCUUCCUCCCAACCAUCGUCUCCGAAAUGGGCUCCUUCAUCGAAGUGCAAUCCAAUGGCAUCACGGCUCCACCCUACCUCCUCUGCUUCAUCUUAAUCAUCGUAGCCUCAAUAGUCUCAGACCGACUCCGACUCCGCGGGCCCUGCUGCGCCCUCUUCGCAAUCCUCGCCGCCAUCGGAUUCAUCCUCCUCGGCACGACAACCAGUGUGGGGCCGCGGUAUUUCGGCACGUUCCUGGCGGUAAUGACCUUCGUCAACAUCUGGAUCACGCUGAUCUGGAACUCCGACACCAACUCCACCGGCUCUAAGAAGGCCGGUGGUUUGUGGAUCAUGAUGACGGUGGGGCAGUGCGGCCCGCUGCUGGGGACGAAUGUCUUUCCGGAGGAGGACGGGCCGUACUACCGUAAGGGCGAGUGGAUCUGCUGUGCUUUUUCGUUGUUGUCGGCUGCUGCAGCAUCGUUGUUGAGCUUUUUGCUUUGGAGGGAGAAUAGGCGUCGGGAUCGGAUUUAUGGGCCUGUGCGUGAGGGUCAGCAAGUGGAUAUGUCUUCUGCGGAGAGUCAGGGGGCUGGGUUGAGGUAUAUCAUCUAG